AUUAAAAAAAUACUAAACCUUAAGUGGUAAUGCUACUGAAGAAACUCUGCUGGGAUCUUUGUUUCUACAGGAGACCAUGGGGAAGAGAGUGGCAAUCGUUGGAGCUGGAGUGAGUGGCUUGGCUUCCAUCAGAGCCUGUUUGGAAGAAGGGCUUCAGCCUACCUGCUUUGAGAGGAGUGAUAGUGUCGGGGGCCUGUGGAAAUAUUCAGAUCAUGCAGAAGAAGGACGGGCCAGCAUUUACCAAUCUGUAUUUACCAAUUCUUGCAAAGAAAUGAUGUGUUUUCCAGAUUUUCCUUAUCCUGAUGACUAUCCUAACUAUAUGCAUAACACUGAGCUCCAGAAAUACAUAAAUAUGUUUGCUCAAAAGAAGAAUCUUUUAAAAUAUAUACAAUUUGAGACAGUGGUCACUAGCAUAAAGAAACAUGCCAAUUUCUCAGUCACUGGUCAGUGGGAUAUUGUUACUGAAAAGAAUGGAAAUCAGGAGUCAUCUGUAUUUGAUGCUGUGCUGAUUUGCUCAGGACACCAUGUGUACCCUAACCUACCACUUGAUUCCUUUCCUGGACUAGCAAAGUUUCAAGGCACCUAUAUCCACAGUCGGGAGUAUAAGGGUCCAGAAGGUUUCAAGGGGAAGAAAGUUCUUGUGAUUGGCCUAGGAAAUUCUGGAUCAGAUAUUGCUGUUGAGCUCAGUCACACGGCAUCACAGGUCUUUAUUAGCACCCGAAGUGGUUCUUGGAUAAUGAGUCGUGUUUGGGAAGAUGGCUACCCUUGGGAUAUGGUGUAUAUAACACGUUUCAGAAAUUUUCUCUGGAAUUCUCUCCCUAACUUUGUCUCAGAUUGGUUAUAUGUUAAGAGGAUGAACUCACGAUUUAAACAUGAGAACUAUGGCCUGAUACCUUCCAAUGGAAUCUUGAGAAAAGAGCCUGUGUUCAAUGAUGAGCUUCCAGCCCGCAUCAUCUGUGGGGCAGUAUCCAUCAAGCCUGAUAUCAGGGAAUUUACAGAGACAUCCGUGGUGUUUCAGGAUGGGACAGAGUUUGGACCCAUUGACUUGGUCAUCUUUGCAACUGGCUAUGGCUAUGCUUAUCCUUUCCUUGAUGACUCAAUCAUCAAAAGCAGAAACAACGAAGUGACACUGUAUAAAGGCAUCUUCCCUCCUCCCCUCGAGAAGCCCACCAUGGCUGUGAUUGGACUUGUCCAGUCCCUCGGUGCUGCCAUCCCCACAACUGACCUACAAGCCCGCUGGGCUGCAAAGGUCAUUGCAGGUUCUUGCGUUCUGCCUUCUUUCAAUGCCAUGAUGGAUGACAUUGAUGAGAAAAUGGGGAAAAAACUCAAGCGGUUUGGCCAGAGUCAGACUUUACAGACUGAUUACAUCACAUAUAUGGACGAAAUUGCUUCCUUUAUAGGAACAAAGCCCAAUAUAUUGUGGCUUUUUCUAACAGACCCCAAACUGGCGAUGGAAGUUUACUUUGGCCCCUGCAGCCCUUACCAGUUUCGUCUGACUGGACCAGGGAAGUGGGAUGGAGCCAGAAAUGCCAUUUUGACCCAGUGGGACCGGACAGUGAAGCCAACCAGAACAAGGAUUGUCUGUGGUGCUCAGAGACCACAACCCUUUUUUCAUUUGCUUAAAAUACUCUCUCUGUGUGUACUCUUUCUAGCUUUUCUGCUGAUGUAUUAGUAAAAGCCAAUCACUUCCAGGGCUUAUAAAACAUUUUCAAAGGUUAAUAUCCCCACUCCUGCAAAGAAUAAUCCAAAUAUUUUGUAAUGCACUAGUACUCCUGAUGAGAUAGCAGUCACAGGUAUCACUCUUAGUUCAAUCAAUUCAUUAAUCAACAUGUAACAAGUGGCUUUUCCCAACCUUCUUUCUUUUGAUUCCUUUCUUAUAGAUUUAGCAGAUAAAAAAAUUAAUUUCUUUACUAUAUGAAGAAUGAAAUCAAGUAAUGACUAGGAAAAAAUGUCUAAGAAAUUUAUUUUCCCCUAAAUGUUUUCUUUACUUCUUCUUUAUUUGGUUUGAUGGGAGCUUGUGUUUGGAAAGAAUCAUAAGUAUAUCUGCCCCAAGAUAUGACUUUGUUUUGCAGGCUUGGUAUGCUGCCUGAUGGCAUGGUCCAGUGUGAUCAGGAUCACAGAAUCAACGGCUUAUAAUUAAGACCCUUAAAGACCACCUAGUUCAACUCACUUAUUUUACAGAAGAAGAAAAGUGUAGGUCAGAUUCAAACUCAAGUCUCCUAAUUACAAAUCCUGUACACUUUCUCAGAAGAAAGAGAAGUGUUGAAUGAUAGGAAGCACAGUACUGAAGUCUUCAGCUUUCUAAGAAUAUUUGUCAGUGUUUUGAUAAACUAGAGAAUGGCGCUGUCCAACCCACCUCUGAGUGUUUUUACAGAUUGAUUUUUGAUAAACCCAUUUUCUGAAUAUAGGAAAAAUUGAUCCUCAUAACUCAAUAAAUUGGAAAAAUUAAUGCUAGGUUUCUGACUGGGUUUGCUCUGAAUUUAGCUGUUUGAAGACCAGUUAGUUUUUUUCACAAGCCACCAUGAGUACAAGUAUACCCCGAGGUAAUGUCACUACUGGAUUCCAGUAAAAGACUGUUAUAAAUUAUGGCAACUUAAUUCAAUUCAACAAAUAUUUAUAAGUACCACCUAUGUAUAUUUCUAUGAUAGCGUACACUGAUAAAAUUUUGAAGUUAAAUAGUCCCCAACCCUAAAGGAUUUGCUCCACUGUAAGUGGUGGUGAUAGGGCUUAGAAAAGGUCCUCAGAGAAGUAAAUACAAGAACACAAAUUACUUUAAGAAGUUUCAGAGUAUUAGAUCAGCUGCUAGGAGGAAGUAAUUGAAUGAAAUCCUGACAGUAAGUAAGGAAGAAGUGGAGGAAGGAAUACAAUCCAAAUGGAAUGGGCAGUUUCUGUGGAGUUCCAAUGCCAAGUUCAAAGAAUAGCUAGUAGUCCAAUUUAGCAGAAACAGAGAAUAUAUGGAAGAGAAAAAAAUAAAUCAACAUUAGAGAGCCAGUUAAGGGAGAGUUUCUGAUUACCAGAAUGAGAAGUUUAUGCUAGAAACAAUAGAAAACUACUAUAGUUGUUGUUGUUGUUGCUGCUGCUGCUGCAGUUAUUUGAGGCAGGGAAGUGGUGUUCAGAUCUAUUCCACAGGAAGAUUAUUUGGGCAGAUGUGUGAAGGAUGGCUUGAUAAUGGAAGAAACUGGAAACAAGGAGACUAAUUAGAUUAAUUAAAGACUGCUUAUUGCAGUAAUAUAUGAGAGUCUGAUGUGAAGUUAUUGUCAGGCUGGUGGAAAGAAAAUUGUGGAUCCAAAACAUAAUUGAAAAUUAAAUGAACAAGACUUGGCAAUCAUGGUUGGAUUCAGAGCAUGAGGAAGUGUUUCUGGAAAACUCUAGAAUGUCUUCUAGGUUAUACAUCCAAUUCAGGAAAUGGGGAGUCCCUACAAUAGAAUGAUGCAUCUCACCUCAAUUUUCUUUAUACAAUACUCAUUUGUGUGUUUGUUUUCUACCUCUAUAGCACAUUUCUUGAAGAGAGAACCCAUUUAUUUUUAUCUUUAAAUACUGACUAGCACAAUACUUUGCACAUAGUAAAUACAGAAUAAACAUUGAUUCAAUUGAAUUGAGUUGGAAGAAAGGAAGAUUUAAGGGGAUGAUGAUUUAGUUUGGACAACAUGCAUUUGAGAUGUCUUUCAGUAUGUAGGAAUAAAGUUAAAGAAAAAGGUGGGGGCUGGAAAAUAGUAAUUUGAACACUGUCACCAACCAUUUAAAUUGGUUAAAUAAAUAAAUAAAACCAUUAUUUCUUGGGCAAUUUGCUCAAUGACCAUAAAAUUGAAUUCUGUGUUUAGUUUUGGUUUAGUUAUGAUGGUUGGGUUUAGUUAUGAUUUAGCAACAUUAUUUGUUUAUGGUGCCAAUUUCAAAGAGAUUUAUUUUCUACAUAACAAUUGUAUUUCUACUUAUUUGCAAUCCUGAUAAAGUGCAAUGUUGGUCACUGCUCUCCCACUGAGCAUAUUCAAAUAUUCAUAAUGGCCAGAUUUUUUUUCAAUAUUAUUUUAUUUUUCUAAAUGUAUGUAAAGAUAAUUUUCAACAUUCAUUUCUGUAAAAGUUUGUGUAAAUUUUUCUCUCUUCCUGCUUUAUUUUCCUCCUCCCCAACACAGUAAGCAAUCUAAGUUAAACAUGUGCAAUUCUUUUAAACAUAUUUUCAUAUUUGUCAUGUUGUGUGAGAAAUAUCAGGCCAAAAGAAAAAAAAAAUACAUAAGUAAGAAACAAACAAACAAACAAACAAAAAAGUGAAAACACUAUGCUUUGAUCCACAUUCAGUUUCCAUGGUUCUCUCUCUGGAUGUGAUUGGCAUUUUCCAUCCUGAGUUUAUUGGAAUUGACCUUUGAGAAGAGCAAGUUAGAAUGCUCAGAUUUAUACAUAGAAUACAUAUUACUUUUAAACUGUUACUGCCUUGGCAACAAAUUUGAGCCCUUUGAUUUUUGCAAAGCUUUGUGGAAUGCUCUUUCUUCUAGUGUGUUUACUUGACCUUUUCAGUGAUGGGUCCAGAAGAAGCACCUUCAGUUGGGGUUGCUUCACCACGUGGGAACUCACUAAACAUUUUUCUUGGUAUGCUUCCUGCAUUCUAGUACAGUUUAGUUAUGAUGGGGUUGCAGACCUUCUCUAAUUCAUAAAACAGCAUUCUUAAGGGGGGCAACAUUACAGAAGAGUCAUAUCUGAAAUAAUAGAUAUGGAAAUUAAUUUACAAUUAAAAAAUCUAAAGCAUGUAAUGUUUUCCUGGAUUUUUUUGAGCUAUGAAACCCACAAGAAAUAUAACUCAACUGUACUCUAAUUCUUAUCUCCUUAAAUUCUAAAGGUUCUAAUUACAAAACUGAGUUAAAAUGAGAAAUAAUAUAGCCACGGAAGAAUAUAAUGAGUUUCUAAGAUCAGUGAACCUCAGAUGAAAAGAGUCCAAUGACAACUAUUUAUGGUCAUUCAUUUAUACAAAACUUCAUAGUUGACAAAAUAUUUCCCUCACAAGAUUGGCUUCCCAAGUUGUGGAUGAGAAUGUUGAGGCUCAGAGGAACUUGCCUACUUUAUUAAAGUUAAAUGACUUGCUAAUGGAUGCAUGUAUCAUAAGAGGCAAAGUGAGAACUAUGAUCCAAUACUUUUAAGUCCAAGAACACAGAUCCUUUGAUUUCAGGUCCAGUGUUCUUUAUGUAAUGCGUGCUGAUCAAGUCUGGCAUGAAGAGUCCAGGCUCAAGUUUAAUUUAUUUUCCUUGCUCUCCUUUAUAGCUAAACUGGUUUGUUAGUUUAGAGCCUCAUAUUACUAUGAGCCUUUUAUGGAUGACUGACUCCUGGGAGUUACAUAACAUAUUUUCAUUGUAUUAUCCCAGAAGAGAAUCAUAGCUUUUGUGGAGUUGAUUGGAUCACAUGACAGAGCAAACUACUUUUAAUGUGCUAAACAAGCAUAAAAACAUGGCAAGAUUGGACAAAAUAGAAGGCAAAAAUGCACCAGAGAGGAAUAAACACAGACAUCAGGACAACAAAACUUAAGAUUAAUUCUACCAAACUCUGAGUAUAUAGAUAUAACCUAUAUCAAAUUGCUUGCUAUCUUGGGGAGGGAGAGAAGAAAGGGAAGGAGAGAGAAAAAUCUUACAGAGAUGAAGGUUAAAAACUAAUUUUACAUGUUAUUUGAACAAAAGUAAAAAAAAAAAAACUAUUGAACUCUGAUCACUGUCAUCAUUCCAUCUCUUCCUCUGAUCUACAACACUGAACCUUCUUCAUCUUCUUUGUGAUUUCUAAUUUUUCAGCUCCCCACACUAAUUGAUGUAAUUAGUGGCCUGGAGUCAGGAAGAUCAGUUUCUGAGUUUAAAUCUGGCCUCAGACAUUUAAUUUCUGGGUGAUUCUGGGUAAGUCACUUCACCCUAUUUGCCUCAGUUUCCUCAUCUAUCAAAUGAGCUGAAAAAGGUAAUGGCAAAGCAGUAUUUUUGCAAAAAACAAACAAACAAACCCCCAAACCACUAAUGGGAUCUCAAAGAUUUGGACAAGACUGAAAACAACAGAAAGACAAUAAACAAGUCUGAUUUAUUCAUGAUGAGCUAAAGUAAUGUUUUUAGAGGAAUACAUGAGUGUGUUGACAAAUGUUUAAUAGCCAUGGUCUCCAGAAGAAAAAAAAAAUGCACACAUACUUUUAAAUUUAAAUUUCUAUUAUCAUUACUUUCUUAAGUCUGUAUAAUUAAUAAAAUAUUAAUUCAAACCUC